ACGAUGAUGGUCUCUUCACUCAAGUCUCUCCUUUAGACUCGAUUCUCUUCGAAUGGAGAACGAAAACCGCAUUGCUGCGUCGAGACUGAUCAGAGUCUCUCCACACGAAGUCGAGAACCAGCUCGAGCUAUCACUGCGUCAAGCGUAUGAGUCUCUCGACCCAAAACUACGUCCACCGUUCUCCUUAGAAAUCCCAGACCCACAAGAGUAUCUCGAGCUCAAUAAAGCAAUCGCCUUUGGAGUUUUAUGCGAACCCGAUUCCUGUAAAACCCACAUCAAGCAUCUACAUGCCCUCGUCACUGAUGGGUAUGCGCUUUUCACUAGUUUGCUUGUUGGAAUCGUUGUUGAAUUGUAUGUUAACCUUGUUGAUUCCGCUAAGAUUCAGCUUGUUUGGGUAACGAAGGAGAUGGUUGAUGUUUCGAGUGUGGGGAUUGAGGAUUUGAUUUCGUUGUUGUUGAGACGAAUCGGAACUGGGGAUUAUAGUGAUCAGAAUGUUUGGCUUUGUUCUGAAUUGGUGGGUUUGUUUCUUGAGAAAUGGGAUUGUUUGCUUGAUGAUUUGCCCUUGGUGUUGACUAGUGUUCUGUAUUGUUUUCUUCGUUUAUUAGCGGAUCAUUGUAGGGUUUUAGGUGUUGUGAAGCUUGAUUAUGUGAAGAGGUUGGAGAUUAGAUUCUGUGUCAAAAUGUUUAGAGAGCAGCUGGAUUUGUGUUUGAAGAUUGGUAGGGAUCUUGUCCGGUUGUUGCAAGAUCUGUCUCAUGUCUCUGAGUUCAGAGAGAUAUGGAACGAUUUGGUCUCAAACCAUUGCUCUGACAUUUACAAGUUGAGGACUUCGAGUAGGUACUUUGUCCUCCGGAUCACUCCUGAGAUGGAAACAAAGUUAAGGUUUUUGCUUGGAAAUGUGAAAUUGGGAAGCCAUAAGCGGCAUCAGAUAUGGUUCUUGAAGAAGUUUCUUUUGGGUCCUGAGAAAGAAAUGCUUUUGAUUGAUAUAGUGAGAUUCAUUUGCUGUGGGAUUCAUCCAACUAACGAGAUUAUCAGAUCAGAGAUCAUGCCAAGGUGGGCUGUUAUAGGUUGGCUUUUGGAACUGUGUAGGCAAAAUCAAUACAUCGAACGAAGUGUUAAGCUGGCUCUGUUUUACGAUUGGCUCUUCUUUAACGAAAGUAUCGAUAAUAUUAUGAAUGUUGAACCUGCUGCUCUCUUGAUGGUAUGGUCGAUACCGCAGUAUCCACACAUCACUCACUCCUUACUUGAAUUCUUACUUCAUAUUGUGGAAACUUAUGACAUAGCCCGUCGGGAUAUAAUUGUAAGAGGUGUGACAUCAGUAUUCAGAGAAAUUGAGCGAAAAGGAGUUAUUCGGUCGCUGGAUAUAUUCCUUGCAAAUCCUGCACUUGCACCAGAUUUGAAGAAGAAGCUAGCAAAUCUGUUCUCAUGUCAUCAGGAGAAGGUUACUGUGAAUCUCCAUCAACUUAGUGUGCCUUCUAAGCAAACGUGUCUUUCUUUAGAUUCUAAUUUAAAAGAAUGCAGCACCAAAAUCUGAAGUGAGGACUGUAUCAUGUCUGGAACUAUGUUGAUUCAAGUGGAUUCUUGAUUCCAUGCGUUAAUCUGAUUCAAUUGCUUCACUGUCGGUGGUAUCAAGAAGUUGUUUUUUUCUAUCCACUGCUCGCUUCUCUCUUCAUCUCUUUGCCUAACGUCACCAUUUUUCCUGGUAAAUCUCAUCAAUUUUGGAAUUCAUAGGCUUGUUUGUGUUUAGCUGCUACUGUUCUUUGGUGAAGUUUUCACUCCAGUUUUGAUCACUGUUACAAACCCAUGUAUUCGAGAUUGUUUAUGAAAAAUUCUGGGAAUUGAGAACAUACACGUCAUGGUGAAUACGGUUUUGAAAUUUCCAUUGCAGCCGCAAGAAAAUACCAAUACCAUCUCCAUUUUAGGAAAAUUUACCUCUUAGAUUUCGCAUAGAUGGCGUCAAAUACUCAUAGAGGAGGUGUGGAUGUCCCUUUACAGUGGCGCCGCUCUGUACAGAUCCAGAGAAGUGCUGCAGGUUCAGAAGAAAUCCAGCUGAGGAUUGAUCCGAUGCACUCUAACCUGGAAGAUGACAUUACAGGUCUGCAGUCUGCAUGGCCAAGUCAGGCUGUUGAAAAAUGUAAGAAACGCUCUAAUUCCCAGUUCUAUCUCUUUUUUUGAGUUGCCAAUUUGCCAUAUAUAUUUUGAUGCAUUGUAAGCUUGUGCCUCUGAAGGAUUAUGGCACUUUACAUCAGCAAGAUGUAUCUUCUUUACAUUGUAGCCGAAUCACUUAUUAAAUCUAGCAUAUCCAAAUAUGGGUUUUCUUUAA